AUGGCGUGGGGGUUGAAGUUGAGGGCUUUCCUUGGAGCCCUCGAGAAUGCUGUCGCUAACCUGUUAGGGGCGGGCCUGUACUCAUUCCGUAAUUCUGGUCCUAGGGAUGGGACUUUCAGGCCAAGUGCGGAUUCGUCGAAAUCGAAAGAUUGCCUCUUAUUUGCUAAGAUUGGCGAAUCAAUCAGUCUCAGUUUCGGCUCAUAUCGGAAAGAAUUAAAAAAGAUAAAGUAG